GUAAACACCAAAUCUCAGAUUACUGCUGUAGGAGCUCGUCACCCAGAGAUUACAGACAAUAUUUAGUCAUGCAGUGGGGAAAUAUGUGUUUAAAAUUAUUUUUUUAUUUGACAUUGUUCGAAACUGUGGUUUAUUCCAAAGCGAAAGUGGGUCCGAAAGUAACGGAUAAGGUGUUUUUUGACAUCACUGUAGGAGGACAUGAAGUUGGCAGAAUUGUGAUUGGGCUUUUUGGGGAGGUUGUGCCUUUGACUGUGAAGAACUUUGUUACUCUUGCUUCUGGAGAGGUAAAAGAGAAAGGAUACGGUUACAAAGGAAGUAAGUUUCAUCGUGUCAUCAAGGACUUUAUGAUUCAAGGUGGGGACUUCACAGCCGGAGAUGGAACGGGAGGUAAAAGCAUUUAUGGAAAGACCUUUGCAGAUGAGAACUUUAAGCUGAAGCACCAGGGCACUGGCUGGGUCAGCAUGGCUAACGCAGGCCCAGACACCAAUGGUUCACAGUUCUUCAUCACAUUAGCACGGGCUCCCUGGCUGGAUGGCAAGCAUGUUGUCUUUGGCAAGGUCUUGGAAGGCAUGACUGUUGUUCACACCAUUGAGCUCCAGGACACAAACGACAGAAAUAUGCCCUACACAGAGUGCGUUAUAGUAAACAGUGGGAAAAUUGAGGUUAAAACGCCAUUUGUUGUAGAAGUGGAGGGUUGGUAAUAUCUCACACACUGUAGCUCUGGACUUCUCCAUUCCCUACUUUAUCCUAAACAGUAUUAGAGUGGAAAAUUAAUCUAUGUCUACUAGAUAGUUUUUACUUUGAAAAAAGGAAAAGCAGCCAAUAAGUCAUGAACAAGUUUGGAACAUUCUUCAAGACUGGGAAACAUCCCAGAUGGCUCAAGAAGCUGGUCCCCAAGCAUGUGCAAAGCAAACAUAAGUGUAAUUUGACAAGUCUGAAAUGUGAAAAUGAAGAUAAAAUAGACAAGUUUAUUUAUUUUAGAAUUCUAUUGCCUAUGCUAUUGAAAAUAGAAUUGGUAUCAUGUAAA